AUGGCGGCAGAGACCAAGCAAACCAUGUAUGAGGGCAGCGAUGUCCAAAGUUUUCAGUUCUAUCUGCAACACUCGGGCGAGCAUGAAGCUAUUCUUCAAUUUCUCAUGAAGCACUUACCCGAGGAAUUCAAAAGAAUUGCAGCAAAUAAAAGCAGUCUUGGUGUUCUUGGUGUUGGAAGUGGUGGAGGUGAGGUGGAUGUCCAAAUGUUGUCUCUCCUGCAGUCUACUUGCUCCAGUCUACCCAUCACUGCUGACAUUGUUGAGGGAAGCACUGAAUUGGUUGCCAACUUUAAAGCAUUGGUAGCAAAGAACGAUAACCUUCAGAAGAUACCAUUCACAUGGCACGUCAUGCUCAGCGAAGAUUACAGAAAGCAAGUCAAAGACGUGAAGAAAUAUGACUUCAUUCACAUGAUUCAGAUGAUUUACUACGUUGACGAUGUGACAGAAACUAUCAGAUUUUACCACAACAUUCUGAACAAGAAUGGCAGGCUCAUGAUCAUUGUGGAAAAGGCCUCAUGUGGCUGGGACAUUCUCUGGAGGACUUUCUCAAAGGAGCUCUGCAAUGAGACCAUCCCUGUGUAUCGCUCAUCCCAAGACGUCUUAGCCUCCCUGAACACUCUGGGUCUGAAGUUCGAGGAGCAUUCCAUCCCCAACACUUUCGACAUCACCGAGUGCUUCGAUCCAAACAGCGAGACUGGAGAGCGUUUGCUUCGUUUCAUGACGGCCACCAACGAUUUCUCCCAAUCGUUCACACCACAAAUAAGAGCUGACAUACUGAAUCUUCUCAGAAGCAAGUGCAGCACUGAAAAAGAGGGCAAGAUAUAUUUCAACAGUGGUUUAAGCUUUAUAUUUGUUCAUGCCUAA